CCUCGACAGAGGUAAUUAUAACUAGAGGACACAUUACUGGACGAUUGAUGUAAUCAAGUUUGGAAGCUUCUGAUAAUGGGUUGUAUCUAUUAUGUUUUAUGUUUGAUCGUGGUUCACUGGAACACGGUAGUAUAUUCCUUGGAUUGUUUUUCCUGUCAACAAACAGAUGACCCUCAUACCUGUAAUGCAACAAUUUCAUGCCCCGACAAACAGGUGUGUUUCCUGAAUGAGCAAGGUGGAAUCUACAGUUUGGGUUGUGCUGAUAAUCAGCAUUGUGGUGGGGUCGGUAAACCAGGAAUUGUAGGUCGAGGUAUUAAAGCACAACAUGAGCUCGUACAUGAUUUUGUGGAGAGGCAGUCAUCAACAUGUUUGGAAUGUUGCUCUACAGACAGAUGCAAUUCAGACCUAUGCAAACAUCCUACACUGACCCAAUGUGUUGAUGACGAGACGGUUGACUGUGCAAAAAUGAACACACUAUUCCAUAUUUGCCAAGACAAACAACAAGCAAGUCUUGUUUGUCCAAGGUUUUGUGACUUGUGUACAAUGGUGAACGGUAACUGGUCGCUAUGGACCACGUGGUCAAACUGUGACGUCACUUGUGGUAGAGGUGUCCAAACGAGAUCUCGCUCUUGUACAAAUCCUGCACCUGAGAAUGGCGGCCGCGAUUGUUCUGGAAAUACAACUGAAACCAAGUUAUGUCAAAGAGACACCUGUCCAGUUCAUGGAGGUUGGAGCACUUGGUCUGAAUGGGGUUCCUGCUCGGCUUCCUGCGACGUGGGCAUGCAGCGUCGUGACAGGUCGUGUUCAAACCCCUAUCCAGCCAUUGGAGGAGAUCAUUGUUUCGGGGAGGCAAGAGAUGACAGGAUAUGUUUCUCCAGUGCUUGUUAUGAUGGUGCUUGGGGUAGCUGGAGCAGUUGGGGUUCUUGCAGUGUAACUUGUGGCGUAGGGAUACGGUCACAGACUCGAACGUGUACCCUCCCGAAGCCAUCAUUACUAGGAAAAUAUUGCGAUGGUACUCCGAUGCAAGUUAGCAUAUGUAACCAGCAAACAUGUCCUGACCACAAGGUUUCAUUCACGGCUUAUGGCAUAAAGGGAUCAACAUCCAUUGUGUUCCCUCAUGUUAUUGAAAACUAUGGCAAUGGUUAUGACAGCUCAACGGGAAGGUUUACCUGCAAAGUGCCAGGAAUUUAUAACUUUGCCGUGCAGAUUUCAAAAGUGUACGGGAAAUCAAACGCUUUUGAAUGUUUUAUUUAUAAAAAUUCAGUUCAAGAAGUAGGUGCUAUAGAAGGUCCUGUGGGGCAAACAUAUUCUAUGAGUAUAUCAGCCACAUUCCAUCUAAACAAAAAUGACUAUGUGUAUAUUGGUGGAUGUACUGGUAUUGUUGAUUAUUUUACACACAGAAAAUCCUCAUUUACAGGAUUUUUAGUGACACCAGAUAACUGAUUUAUGUUUGUAUAUUCAUUUGUCUGUCCGCAUUGAUAGUUUAUGUUGCUUAUAUAUUUCAUGCAGUUAAAUUUUGUAUUUAUAACAAUUAAAUAUUUAUCAUAAACAGGUAUUACACAUGAAUGAUCAGCAUAUUGAUCAGAAUGGAUAUUUGAUGUUUGUUUAAAAUAUAAAAUCAUAACAGUAACGAGGAAAGGGCUUUUUAAGGGUAUGUUGUUGUACGUUAAAGAACAAUGUCUAGGUCAAUAAAUGACCUUUAGCAAUUUGGUGGUAAACCAGAUCGAACGAAGUGUCGAAGUGUUUUCCAUGCGAUGUUGAUUUUGACAGACAAGGAUUAGGUCUCAGCUAGCGGGAUUUCUAAUAAUUCACUUUUACCCAAAAGUUACCUCAUAAAACUAUUACUAUCACAUGAACAAGUGUGUAAAGAAAUAAAAAAAGACUUAUUACUGAUACAUGAGUGAAUAAACAAAGACUAUUUAUACACAUGUAACUACACAAACAUAUACAAUAUAUAAGUAAUAAAAUCUAUCAGAAGAUCCAUACUAAUAGCACGGUUAGACUGAAUCUGUUAAUAAAAGGUAAUGUUUAUGCAACCCUUCUUUUGGCCCCUAAUACCCAAGAAGCAUGUUUGAUAUCUUUGGAAAUAUAACGUGGAAUCACGCUUUAAAACACAUUAACUAGAGACUGGCCGAUAUGAAAGGUUGCCUGAGAAGCAACGUAUAUGUCCCUUUGGAUGUAAUGCUGUAGAGUCAGAAAUGCAUGCCAUUCUGGACUGUCCACUAUAUAAAGUCGAGAGAAAUUUGUUGUUACAAAAAGUCACAUCUGUUGUUGAAAAUUUUGCGAGCCUAAAUAGAGAAGAACAACUUACACUGUUAUUUACUCACUCAGAUUUGAUAAGAAUUUUAGCAAAAACCUGCUUCAACAUACUUAAGCAAAGAAAUAAUACUUUGUAUAGUGAAACACAGCUAAAUAGAUGACAGGAUAUUGUGUAUUCAUUUACUCACCAUCUGUUUAUGCACUUAUGUACUCACUAGGUCAAUUACUCAGCAUACAUACAUUUAUGUACCACUCGGUACUUACUCAAUAUACUUACAUUAAUGUAGUCACACGGUCUCUUACUCAACAUUUGUACAUGUAUUGUGUACCCACUCCAUCACUUACUCAGCAUUGUACACUCAUGUACUUACUUGGUCACUAGCUCUGCAUCUGUACAUGUAUUCAUUGGCAUGUACUCAUUUGAUCACUUACGCAGCAUUCGUACUAUCGUGUAUUUACAUGGUCACUUACUCAAUUGCUUUUACAUUCAUAUACUCACGUGGUCAGUUCCUCAAUAUUCUUGCAUUCACUUACUCAUUAAGCAUCCGUACAGGUAGUCAUGUACUUACUUGGUUAGUUACUCAACAUUUACACACUCAUGUACUCACUCAACUCGCUCAUUUUAUUUGUAACUCUCAAUUUUCAGCUAGUUUCAGCUUGAACAGAGAUGUUAUUCAUGUGUAUUGUAUAUAAAACACAUUUGAUUCUUAACUACUACGUUUUUAUAGAAGAUUUUAGUUUAUGUAAAGUUAUACAUGUAUAUGAUUGGAACUUUAUGUAUUUUACCUGCAAAUGUCAACUUUUAUGUAGUUUCAUAUCAGAGAUGUUUUUAUUCAUAAAUGAUAAAGACUUUAUUUAAUGAGGCUACACAUUUGGUUUCCCAAUCUUCCAUGUGGGCCAAUGAUACUAAAUAUAUCACACAUAAUUUUUUUGUUCAAACUGUUAAAAACAAAUGUGUUUUAGAAGGUUUUAGGUUUAUAUGUACAGAGAUAUAGAAUUGUAUUGGAUUAGCCAGCUAUAAGUAAAAAACCGUAUAAAAUAGUUACUGUAAAGGUGGUCAAGUUAUAGCUGAUCUACUUAUUGUGGGUAUUUGUGGCGUGGUUGGAUUUUUGACAUGGGGAUUGUGUUGGUAAAUUGACGGUGUAAGGGAAGAGGGGGAACUCUUGAGUUGUUUCACUUAUGUUUGCUGGGGCGCAGUUGGAUCGAUGCCCUUGUUCAUGAUCCAAUCAAGUUAUAAAUAAUUAUUAUGAAUCUUAAGUUAAAUGGUGCGUGCAUAUAUAAUAAGAGAAUAUAUUGUCUCUUGUAGUUCUAGUUAGAACGGUCAUUUACAUUUGUUUUAUGUUUUAUGCAAAUUUAUAUGUUUGUAAAUGAAUGAGACGAUAAUAAACUAUAAAAUCUAAAAAAUCUAAAAUCUAUCAAUAUGCUUGGAUAUACGAAAGUAAACAUGCAAUACAAUUAAAAAUGUAAUACGCUUUUUUUUUAAUAUAGUACAUUGAAUACUGGUACACUUAUUGAAUGGCUUGUCCGUCAAAAGUUAAGGUAUUAGGCCCCUACUAGUAAUGUUUAAAAAAGGCAUUUGCUUGGUAUAUUCUUACAGUUGACCGUGCUUCGCACUUUGUUGCAAAUUUUUAAAAACUUUUACCGUGCCUUUUUUCAUAAAUUUUGUGUAAUGUAUGGUAUUUCCUCAAGCUCAAGUAGAGACAUAUUUCCAGGUGGCGGCCUGUAUCCAAAAUGUUUGCAGAGAUUUCAUUAUACAAUUAUUUUUUAUGAAAAAAUCAUCAAACUAUUGGUAAACAAUUAUAAAACUAAAAAGCAUAAGUGUCAGUAUCAUUUUUUCUAGGGUGCCUCAAGUAAACAGAUUUAAUGAGACAGAAUUCUAUCUCCAACAUCGAAAAAUUGAGGUCGAAUCCUGCGGGUCUGUUUUCAGUUUUGCUCACUUCAUUCAAAAAUAACGGUGGAGCAGAAGUAAAUCUUACCUGAAUUUCUUCCACAAUAUGUAAUCUAAAGAAUGAUGGCAAAAUAAAAAACUUUUUCCGCACGUAACUCAGUAUUUUUAAAGAUGUCUAACUCUAUCCCUUCUAUUUCAGAGGUAAAUUCACUUUGAACAGCAAGAAAUCGCUUAUCAAAUGAAUAUGUUCCAUUUUUGUACAAUAAAUCAAUAACAAGUCUUGAAAGAAGUAAAAACUUACUAGACAAAAAGGAAAAUAAGGACAAAAACUUUGGUCCCAGUGGGGCUUGAACCUACGCACCCCUGAAAAUCGCAUUCAAAGUAGGUUUAUGGUAGACAUUGAAUACUCUUCAAAGAGGAGAUACUCUAUUAUGGGCCUAAUACCUUAAAACUAUUGCUCAAGGCUCGAAGUUUAGCCAUUCAAUAUGUGUUAUCAGAAGGCAUCUGAAAUAAAUUUUAGUACUUGUUUUCUUCAAAGUUUGAUUUCAGCCAAAAUUAUGUACACGAUCUUAUUACGGUGUAUAUACCGUUCCAGAUGGUGAUUUUAAUCAGACUGAUUUUGCCUUUAGCUCAGCAGUAUUUAGUGUUGAACAAUAGACCGGUCAACAACACUAACCGGCCAUUUAUGCAAAGACACAUGUAUGUAUACAUAUAUUAAAUUGCCUGCCGGUCAAUAGUCAAAACUUUUGCCCGAGGCCUGAAGAAACUUUCAUAACUGUUUUGUUACAUGACGUAAGAAAUAUUUUUUCAUUCUUUUUUCAAUUUUCACUUUAGUUAGUUAGUAAACGUUAGUAUUUAUCUAUAACCCAGCCAAGAACACAUACUAUGGAUCGGCAAUUUAUGUAAGGAGUCUUGUUGUAAUAGAUAUUAGAGGGACAUUUAACAAUUUUUACACAAAUAAUUUCAAAUAAUAAAUAUUAGAUUGUGAUAAAGGGGAACCUGCAUAUCACUUUGAUUUAUUUUCAGUUUAAAACAAAUCACUCUUCCUAAUUUACGUGUACACACCUGUUAUUUUUUAAAAUAAAUGCUCAUAAACAACAAAAGUUCCAUGUUUUCUUUCAAGUACAGACAUUCCUGGGUCUGAGGUUAUAAAACUAAGAUUAAGAGCCAGUCUGUCAUUAGGAUUGUUUUAGAAGAGCUCAGAAUUAACUAGUCAAACGUCAGUCUGCCAUUAGUUAAUUUUAAAAAAGGAGCUCAGAAUUAACCAGUCAAGCACGUGAGUGUUGAGACUGGUCUACAAACUAAGUUUUAUCACCUUCGAACCGGGUUCCUUCGAAUCAUAAUUACAAAGGAAUGCAAUAAUAAAAACACAUAAUUAACACACAUAAAGAUGAAGCACAUCAGGGGACAGUCUUGGAACGAUGGGUAGCAAAAACACCCUUUUGAAGGCUUAAACUAGUUUACUAGUGCCAAAAUUCCAUCUGUCUAGUCAUUGUCUAUUCGAGGAGAAAACACACACUUAACAUGCAGUAUAUCUCAGAUGAAUCAGGGCGAUUCAGUUAAAGAGAUGGCUUCGUAUGAGAAUUUUACGAUGUUCGAUAACGACAGCCUUGCGGAAGAAGUAAUUUUAAAACGGUUAAAGUCUUAAACGUGACUACAAACGUCCACAUACGCUUAUUGUUACAAUCGCAUACACAAGGCCGGGAUUGCCUUAAAGUUUGUGGGGAUAACUUUACAUAUAUUGUACUGUAACUUUGUAAUAUGCUAGGGUCGGCAUUGAGUGUACGCACGCAUUGAAUGUACAGUAUUAAACCUAUGUUAAACGUAACCAUAAACUUCAGUCAGUAUAUUGUACACUCAAUACGUGCGUACAUCCAAUAGGUGUCAUUUUAUGUUUGCGGACAUGCUUGGGAUAAAGACUGAUUAGUUUGUGUAACAUCCCUAGUAGGGUUUUUUUGUUUUGUUUUUUUUUUUUUGCCACGGAGCGUUACAAGGCGAUGCCUUUUUACUCUUUUAAUUGUUCGUAUCGUCCUCGGUGUUUGUACUUUCUUACUAUGUCUAUCUAUUUGGCGUUUAUUUAUAUAAAGUACACAUCCACAGAUAUUGGGUUAGGUUUGAGAGGGUCUGCGUGAUUAUAACGUGACUAUCUCAGCUGGAUAUUUACGUUGUUUUUAUUUACUUUCAUUAAAUGAGCGAGACCAGAGAAGUGUAGCGUAGAUACCGUUGUGUGAUACCGUUCACUGUAUGUUACAAACAAUCAAUGCCAAACCUAGGUAUAGUUCGUUUUUGACAUCAGUGAUGUCUUUGUGCUUUUAAUAAUGGAAGAGUCCGUUACUAAGGCAGUGUUAUUCAGUACGAUAGCGGUUCUUACCUAAAUAAGGCAAAGCAAAGCAUUUCGAUUUCCCUAAUCUGCAGACGAGUUGAUGAAUUGAACUCUCAACAAUAAAAUCACACUAUAGAAUAUUGUGUAAGUACAGUCCGUGUCUGAUAACUUCGGAGUGACGUCACGUCUGUUUAUGUUUCCUGGACUUAUAAAAUUAACAAAAUAGGUAAAGCAGCUUACAUAAACAAUAAUAUUGGGUGUAUAUUUUAUUGCAACAUGUCUGUCAGUCCCGGUAGCUCAAUGGUUAAGCAUUGGUGUUUGAAAUAUCGAAUUUUGCGGGCCGUAGGUUCGAAUCGAGGAAAGUGUUGUUGUUGUUUUUUUUUUUGUUGUUUUUUUUUUUUUUGGUUUCUCUUUCAGGGUAACCACCAUAAUCAUUCAUUUCUCCUGGAAUAUAUUAAUAUAUUUAGAUAGAAAUAUUAUUGAAUUAAUUUCUGUUUAAAGGGGACCAGGCAUCAGCUCUGUGUAAACACAUCGUAUUAUGAAUGCAUAGUCACGAAAACACUCGGAAAUUUCGUGCAGGUUAAAUUCCUCUCUGGUAUAUUGCCAGUAUUAUAGUGUAGUCAACAUGUCCGAGGCGUCCACGUCUUUUUUGCAAAGAGAAACACUGUUCAGUAUAAGAAUGAUGCUUAAUGCAUACUACAAACUAUUCUGAAGGUUAUUUCAAGCAUCAUCAUUUUUCCAUAUUUCAGUUCGUUAUUGUAUACCAUAGUGCUGUUUUACUGCAUUUUGAAUAUUUUCAGUUGUCUUUGAAAAAAAAAUGUAAUUAAAACAUAGAUAAAAAGCAAAGAUUUUUUUUUUAAAGUAUAUAAAUCACGGUGGGAUUCGAACCAACGCGACAAUGGAAAUAUAAAAGAAUCGCACAUGUAAGGCUAACGCUCUACGACCUGUACUAAUCUUCUACUUCAAAGUAAGCAUUCCAGUUAGUAGUAUAGUACAAAAGUGUGUACUUAAAUUCGAAGCUUGUGACUUGAACCAUAAAAUAAUUAUUUACUAUCAACUUCUGUGCCAGGAGAAAUAAUCUGCAUAAUUCUGGUUUCAAUUUUGAUAGGGUUAUGCUCCUUUUUAACUUAUAAUUUUUUGGUUUAAAUUUCAUAAAAUUUAAUUUGUUAGACUCGCAACCUGAAAUGGUCAUCUGUUGUCAGUCUACACCAGGAGGGACGAUCCCUGUAGAUCUGAUCUUGGAUUUUGACAGGGUUGUGCCCCUUUUUUUUAACUUAGAAUGUUCUGGUUGAAGUUUUACACAGUGUUUCUUUUGUGGACAAAGCUCUAAUUCACUGAGAAAGGUUGAGCGUGCUGUCUUAUGAACAGUUCUUGUUGAAACAUAUUUUUAAUAAAACAUACAUUUUAAAACAGAUAGCUUUUUAAUAGCUGUAUUAAUAACACUGACAUUAUGGUUUUAUAUGUACCAUUGUAGAGAUUUAGGACAGUCUGUAAACAAUUGUGUCCUGUCUCCUUUUCAUUAUAAAUAGACUGUUUUAAACUUUUUAAAUGGCACUGUCUUAGUAGUUAUAUGUCUAAUACCUAGAUUUUAGAUAGUUAAUAUAGAAUUUCAAUUAGUGGUAAUACCAGCAGUAAU